AUGGCCAGCUUCGUGUCGCCGAGCGCGUACUCGCGCCUGGCCAAGUGCCCGAUAUGCGACAGGUCGGUGCACAAGGUGCUCAUCGAGAGCCACGUCGAGAUAUGCCUGGAGCGUCAGGCGAGCGGGGCGGCGCCGUCGCCCGCGGGGGAGCUCGGGGACAGGCUGCUCGCGAGGGACCUGGGCGAGGCGACGACGCAUGCGACCACGCCGGUGAGCGCGGGUGCGCCCGGGCGCGCGAGUUUCGUCGCGGCGUCGACCGUGGUGCGCCCCGGAACCGCGCGCGCGGCGACGUCGCAGAGAGAUGGGGGAGGGGGUGCCAACCUCGCAGCGCGGACGCCCUUCGACCUGUUGAUGGGCAAGGACAAGGGAAGCACCGCGGGGGGACACGCGGGCGUGGAGGAGAAGGAGAAUCGCGCAGACUCGCCCCGCGGUGGGGACGGCUGGCGCAAGGGCGGGGGAGGACCCGACGGUGAAGCCGCGCCGGCAUCGGCGUCGUCGGUGGACGCGAGCGGGAAGCGGAGCACGCUCGUUCCGCUCCAGCAGUGGUUCAAACGGAGCGACGAUCGGGGCGACGCGAAUUUGACCCCGGCGGCGAAACGCGCGAGGGUGUCCGACCCCGGGGAGGGUCGCGCACGGGGCGGAGGGUCCCGCGCGGGCAAAGGCGAUGCCGAGGAGGGUGACAAGGAUGCAAACGACGAAAACGAGGAGGAAGACGCCAGGUGCGAGGAUCCGGUCGUCACCGCUGAGGCUCUGGGCGACGGGGGUCUGGUCAAUUUUCCCCUCAGGGUCAUGAGCGGGAGCCACGACGCGUGCGGUAUAUGCCUGGAGACGUUCACGGAGGGUGGGGAGGCGCCGGUGUUGAGGCACGUGUUCUGGCCGUGUCAGCACGUGCGGCAGUGCGGCGACUGCGCGCUGCGGAUCUGGCAGGUGCCCAAGGCGAAGCGGCGGUGUCCAUGGUGCAAGAGCAAGAUAGACAUCAGGCCGAGGCCGUUCAAGCCCUUCCUGUGA